AUUGUUUAAUGACUGUUGGUGAUUUAGAAGCUGCCCCGUGGCGGGCUCUGAUCCCGCUUGUGCUGUAUCAGCCUGCACAUGUAAAUCUAACGCUAGGUGCCUUUUAAUUAGGAUGUCAAAAAUCACGGCUUUAGGUAACAAAUAUCCCGAUAUUUGGCUUUUUUUAACUAAUAAAAUAUUCAACCAAAGUUCUAAUUGUACAAUAGUGGCAAUAACUUCAUAGCAGUUGUUAUUACAGUUCAUUGUCUAGCAGAUGUUGUUAGAACAGCCAGACUAACUAAAUAUAUGGUGUAACUUUGCAAGGCCAGAGUUUGGUGGAGUCCACCAGCGUAUGCUUAUAUAGGAGUUUUACACUAAAAGGCUUAUUUGAAACGUGCACAUGCAUGAAAUGUUAUCUCUGAGAUAAGAUGUGCUGCAGCCUGAGCUGUAAAGCCUGUUGCUGCAUGGCGGAGACUUCUCAGAGAAAGCACUAUGAAGGCUUUUUGUCGAAUCGGAGUCAUUGGAGCUUUUUUACUAUUCAUUUACAUUUUGAUCUCCACGCCAGCAACUUGGAGAGGGCAAACAUCCUUUCCAGAGAAAGUCACCGAUGAAAAGGUUGAGAGUGGGAAACUGGACAGGAUUGAGCGGACUUUAGACAAACUGGCAAAGCUAAUAGAGGAAUACGGGCAGAGGAAACCCACCGAAGCCAUUAUCCCCGAUGAGAAGCAGGAAAAGCACAAACCGGUGGUGCCUAAGUUGUACCCAGAUUCCUACCUGUUUACCAACUGGGGAGACGGUCUGCCAGAGCAGGAGCAGAAAGAAGCCGAGGCUCUUUUUCAGAUUUAUGGCUACAACGCCUUCCUGAGUAAUCAGAUUCCACUGGAUCGGAAACUUCCAGAAACAAGGCAUCCCAGUUGUCUCAAGAAGAAAUACCCCAAAGACUUACCUACCAUCAGCGUAGUGCUGAUCUACAUCAACGAGGCUCUUUCCGUCAUUAAGAGGGCGGUAAGAAGCAUCAUCACCAACACUCCCAAGCACCUGCUGAAGGAGAUCGUUCUGGUGGAUGACUACAGCACUUACAAUGAUCUUGGUAAACAGCUGCAGGAAUACAUCGAUCACAUUCACGAAGAAAGACCUGGACUCAUAAAGAAAGUCUGGCACUCACAACAAAUGGGUCUGUCCCAAUCCCGGAUCACGGGCUGGGAGCACGCCACAGCUGAUGUGGUGGCCAUCUUGGAUGCUCACAUCGAAGCUUCACAGGGAUGGGCAGAGCCGCUGCUGGCCAGGAUUAAAGCUGACAGGACUGUGGUGGUGUCUCCUGUGUUUGAUAAGGUCCAUUAUGAUGAUCUACACCUGGAACCAUACAUCUCAUUCUCCCAUGGCUUUGACUGGGAGUUGUGGUGCAUGUAUGAGUCCUUCAGUCCCGACUGGAUAAAGACCGGGGAUGAAUCUCAGCCUGGGAAGAGUCCCUCUGUGAUGGGAAUCUUCGCCGCAGACAGGGCUUUUCUUGGGGAAAUCGGUGGACUCGAUGGAGGAAUGUCAGUUUACGGAGGGGAAAACGUUGAACUAGGGAUUCGCGUGUGGCUGUGUGGAGGAAGCGUGGAGGUCGUGCCUUGCUCCCGCAUUGCUCACAUCGAGAGGGCUCACAAACCGUAUGCGCCUGAUCUCAACCUUUCCAUGAGGCGAAAUGCCCUGAGAGUAGCAGAUAUCUGGUUGGACGAAUACAAGAAGAAUGUGCUUAUCGCCUGGAACCUUCCUCUUCAGGGCCACGGCAUCGAUACUGGCGAUGUAUCCGAGAGAAGAAAACUCAGAGAAAAGCUCAAAUGUAAGCCUUUCAGCUGGUACAUCAACAACGUUUAUCCGAGUCUGGAGAGGUUGGAUAAUAUCCUGGGGUACGGCGUGCUGCAGAACACGCUUUUUAAGAAGUACUGUGCAGAUCAGGGAGUCGUUCCUGGAAGCAUUCCCGUGCUGUACGAGUGCCACUUCCAACAACCGCAGCUCUGUUAUUACACUACAGACAGUGAAAUCAUCAUAGGAGGCAUUAAAUCUCACAACUAUAACAAUAACCGCUGCUUGGUGGAUCCCGGUUCUGGAAGCGUUCCCAAUCUGCAGGACUGUAAGAUGGCUCAGCUAAACCACUUACACAUGCACUGGGACUUCCGACAAGGCCAAGCAAUCAGAAACAAAGCUACAAACAGAUGUCUGGAGAUCGCCCAGGGGGAAACCGCCGACUACCAGCUCAUCAUUCAGCAGUGCAGCGGGCAGAGCUGGACCAUUCAACAUCUCGUCAAAAACUUCUAGUUCAGUUGAAACUGUCCGUGUCGUGUCUUUAUGAAAAACAAUCAUAAAUCUGAUCUUUGGGUCGUUGAA